AUGGCGCCGAAAUCCACCAAGUUCGACCUAGACUUCUAUGAAACGCAAGGCAAAAAGGAUAUAAUAUUCCACGGCGACGCCCACUUCCCGAAGGAGACAGCAGUCCUCCGCUUGACGAAAACUGACGAUCACGAUAUUCCGCUGCAGAAUAGCAGCGGGAGAGUGGUGUACUCGAAACCGGUUGCAUUCAGUCAUGCAGCCGAGUUCGACACCACAAUAAAAUUCAACAUCACACCAGGUACGAAUAGCUCAUACCACGCGGACGGGCUUGUCUUCUUCAUAGUCCCCCACGGCCAUGCCUACCCCAAGGAGCCUCACGGAGGCAACCUCGGAAUCUUCGAGAAGUGGGGAAAAACCUCACACGUCUUUGCUGCCGGAUUCGACAUCUACCCUAGGAACCCGGGUUACAUAACCCUCGGGAUCUAUAUCCAGUCAAGGGAGGAACCGGUGGAGUCCGUCCAGGUUCCCGCCUCGUUUAUCGGAAAGGACUUGACUCUUAGCAUCUCCUACGACUCAUCCACCCAUGUUAUCAGCGUCUCCGCCACUGACGACAAUGAGACUUAUCCGGUCAGCUGUGAGCAUGACUUGAGCCACCUACUUCCUCCCUCAGUUGUAGUCGGCCUCGCCUCCUCCACCGGUGAUUAUGUCGCUCUUCACGACGUUAAUUCCUGGUCUUUCACCUCUACCGCCUAG